GCCGGACGCGGCAGGUGCCCCGGCGGCGACCUCGCCGAGAGUGUGGUGGGGGGCGCCCUCGACCCCCGACGCCGAGCGCCAACUGCGGGUGGCCCCGGGAGGUGGUGCUGGGCCGACCCUGGGCCGACCCGCACGCGACCGCGCCGACCUGCACUCGACCGCACAGACCCGCGCUGCGGAGGAGGGUUGAGCCGGGGGCAGCCGCGCCCGCAAAACUUCCUCACAUGGCAUUUUGGUAUGGAAAAGUGAAAUGCAAGGAGCCAAAGUAACAUAAUCGAUGGCAGUAAAACGAAAACGCAAUAGGAAGAUCACCGGCUGAGACAGAGGAUGGAAAAUAAAGUGGAGCAGUGUUGUGACCUGUGUUUCAGCAGGUCGUCUUCUUGAAAUUUCACUAAAAAUGACCGCUCUUUCUUCAGAGAACUGUGCUGUUCAGUAUGAGUUACAUCAGACAAACCAGCCCCUAGAUGCUAACUGUCUGCUGUUCUUGAUCAUACUCGGGAAAAUACUUUUAAACAUCGUCACGCUAGCAAUGAGAAGAAAAAACACCCAUGAAAACUUUAUGGGAUGUUUUUGUAUUUCUCUAGCACUUGUUGAUCUUUUACUUUUGGUAAACAUUUCCAUUAUAUCCUAUUACAGGGAUUUUGUACUUUUGGGCAUUCGGUUUACUAAAUACCACAUCUGCCUAUUUACUCAAAUUAUUUCCUUUACUUACGGCUUUUUGCAUUAUCCAGUUUUCCUGAUAGCCUGUAUAGACUAUUGCCUGCAUUUCUCUAAAACCACCACGCUGUCGUUUAAAUGUCAAAGAUUACUUUAUUUCUUUAUAGUAAUUAUAACUUGGGUUUCAGUCCUAGCUUAUGUUUUGGGAGAUCCAUCCAUUGACCAAAGCCUGAAGACACAGAAUGGUUUUUCUUUUCAGUGUCCUUUCUACACCAGUAGUCAGAGUUACUGGCUGGCCUUUGCCAUGGUGCUGGUUUUACUUGCAGCUUUUAUAACCUCUUGGUCAGAGGUUAUGACGUUGGUACAGGCUAUUAGAAUAACUUCCUAUAUGAAUGAGACUAUCCUAUACUUUCCUUUUUCAUCCCACUCUAGUUAUAAUGUGAACUCUAAAAAAGUACUAUUGUCCAAACUCAUUGUCUGUUUUCUUGGUACCUGGCUACCGUUUGUACUACUUCAAGUGAUCAUUCUUUUGCUUAAGGUACAGAUACCAGGAUAUAUGGAUCUGAACAUUCCCUGGUUGUACUUGGUCAAUAGCUUCCUCAUUGCUACAAUUUAUUGGUUGAAUUGUCACAAGCUUAAUUUAAGAGAUGUUGUAUUACCUGUGGAUCCAUUUGUCAACUGGAAAUGCUGCUUUAUUCCACUUAUCAUUCAUAAUUUUGAGCAAAUUGAAAAGCCUAUAUCAAUAAUCACAUGUUAAUAUGUUGCCAUGUUAAAAUUAGUUGAAACUUAAGGGAAAGAAUGAUUUGAACUGAACUGGAGCUCUUCCCUCCUUCCAUACUUUUUCAGGCUGUAUCUUUUGUGGUUCUGAUAGUUACUAAAUAGUGUUUUCUUUCAAAAAUACAACUCCAGGAAGUUUCUAGACUUGUUCGCAAACGUUGUAUAUUAAAAAUGCUAAUUUAUUAACUCAAAAAUGAAAUGAGUUAACAUUUGGCCACACUGAUGUUUGUCACCCAAAAAACUAUUAAGUGCAAAAUGUUGUGCAAUUCUAAAA